UUCGAGUAAACCACAGCUUAUUCGGUGCUCGAGAUGACAUAGUGCUAUUGUGUACAAUAAAAGAAAAAUACAAUAGUCGAAUAAACACUCUAUCUUAGUCGAAAUGGCGCCGAAAGAAAGAGACUACUUAGAAAUCGCUCACCAAAGGGCUAUAGAGAAAAAGACUCACGUCAGCUUUCCCCAACUAAAAUAUCCUUCUCUGAGAGAUGAGGGAUUUAAAGACCCGGUGCAAUGGCUAACAGGAAAAGCUAUGGACGAUGGUGCUGAAGGGCUAUGGAGGGUCCACAAUGGACUGUACGAUUUAGAAAGCUUCAUCGAUAGACAUCCAGGUGGGGCGGAAUGGCUGGAGCUGACUAAGAACACAGACAUUACCGAAGCAUUUGAAUCUCACCACAUAGGGCAUACCGCUGAAAAGAUGCUCGAAAAAUUCUACAUAAGGGACGCAAAAACGCCAAGAAACUCACCAUUUACUUUCAAAGAGGAUGGUUUCUUCCGAACUUUAAAGAACGGUGUUCGAGAGGAACUGAAAAAAAUAGGCAACAACGUUCCUAAUCAAUCCGACAGAAUCAUAGACGGUCUGUUCCUCACUCUUCUAAUAUCCUCGUCAUUGUCAUGCUGGUUGAGGAACUACUGGCUUGUGAUGGCUUCGUACGUGGUUGCGUCAAUGUCCAUGGCCUGGGUGGUGGUUGCAGCACACAACUAUAUACAUAGAAAGACGAAUUGGAGGAUGUACUUGUUCAAUGUAGGACUAUGGUCGUACAGAGAUUUUAGAAUAUCGCACGCACUUUCUCAUCAUCUUUAUCCGAAUACCCUGAUGGAUCUGGAAGUGAGCGCUUUCGAGCCAAUCAUCCAGUGGAAUCCUAGAGACAAGACGAUGUUAGCGAAAUGCGCUUUUAUUAUUGAACAACUCGCAUUCCCAUUUGUCUUCCCUAUGAACUUUGUGAAGAAAUUUUUGUUGAAUUUCGUUCGUAAGGACUUCUUUAAGAAGCAUUACCGCUGGCAUGAAGCUGUUGGCUUCCUCAUUCCCCUCUGGAUGUAUAUUUCCACUGGAGAGAGUUUCUACCACGUGUUGACAUCGUGGUUGUGGAUACUCUGUACGGCCAGUUUCAUUUUCUUCACCAUCGGCUCUAAUGCUGCUCAUCAUCAUCCAAAGAUUUUCAAAGAUGGCGACGAAGUACCUGAAGAAACUAUCGACUGGGGCAUGCACGAACUUCAGGCUGUAAUGGACCGUGUAGACAUCAACGACAGUCACUUCAAAGUGAUGACUUUCUUCGGUCAUCACGCCUUACAUCACCUCUUCCCCACUCUCGAUCACGCGAUACUGAAACAAUUGUAUCCGGUGUUUCUAGAAAAUUGCGAAAAAUUCAGAGCCAACUUCCGACAGACUUCGUCCUUCGAUCUCUUUAUUGGACAGAUUCAAAUGAGUGUAAAAACAAAGCCGACGCUCUUGAGCCAAUAAAUAAAAGCCGAGUUAUAAAAUGAAUCCCGAGGAAAAAGUUUUAUCGAGUGUUGUUACAUUUCAACAGCAAUUUGAAGACAAUUUCAUCUCGUUCAUGUAUAUUGUUAUUUGUUAUUGAGUAUUGUUUUAAUAAAUUUCAAUACAUA